UGAUUCUGGGAACGAGACUUAACAUGUCGGCGCUCUCUCCUGUGGCCAAGGCGGCUCUGCGUCACCCCGUUGGGCGCGUGCGAGGCAACGGUAUCAUAGCCACCGUCUUCGGCGCCACUGGUUCCCUGGGCCGCUACGUGUGCGCGCAUCUCGGUACCAAUGGAAACGGAUACGUGGUGCCGUACCGCGGAGACGACGCUGAAGUUUCGCACCUGCGCGUGUCGGCCGACUUGGGCAAUGUAGCCCAGCAACCGUUCCACCCGCGCGACCGCGACUCGAUCUUGGAGGCUGUGGAGGGCUCCGACAUCGUCAUUAACCUCAUUGGCAAGCACUACCAGACCAAGCACAUUCUUCCUUGGUGGAUCAACUACUCGUACGAUGACGUGCACGUGGAUGUGGCUCGUACCAUUGCUGAGGUGGCCAAGGAAGCCGGCGUUCCGCGCAUGGUUCACGUUUCGUCGCUCCUGGCUCAGCCCAACUCGCCCUCCGAGUGGGCCGCUUCCAAGUUCCGUGGCGAAGUUGCUGUUCGCAAGGCCUUCCCGGAGGCUAAUAUCGUCCGACCGUCCAACAUGUUCGGACCCGAGGACCGUCUUCUCGUCUGGAUGGGCAACCGCCUCAACUACGGCGGUGUGCCCGUGGUGGACAAUGGCGACGCUGUCAUCCAGCCUGUGUUCGUGAACGACGUGGCCAAGGCUAUUUACCACAUCACGCAGGACGAGACUAUUCAGGGCAAGACGUUCGAGUUCGUUGGAGACGAAGAGUUUACAUACAAGGAGCUGGCCGACUACGUGUUCGACAUCACCAAGCAGAACUCGAGACUGGUCAACCUACCGCUGCCUGUGGCUCAGGCCAUUGGCUCCUUCUGCGAAAAGUUCCCGGACCCCAAGUUCACGCGCGACUGGGCUACGCGUCUCAGUCUGAAUGAGGUCAAGACGUCGGACCUGCCUGGUCUGCGUGAGCUGGACGUGGAGCCCACCAAGCUGGAGAAGGAGGCGCCGAACUUCUUGAUCAAGUUCAACGCCGGCGGUCACUUCCAGGAGGUGUCUGGCUACCAUUAAGCGACAAGAUGUGCGUGGACAAAGUAGGCUGGUAAUCGCUGCGUCCGUUGCUGCUAUUUCUAUCAGGACAUUCGAGGCAGUGGCUCCGCUCGCUGAACACAGGGACAGACAAUACCUAUGAGUGACAGACAAAUGAAGAACAAUGAACAAAAAUGAGAGACUGC